ACAAAGGAGCCAGGGGCCAGGCGGACGGACAGGACACCACAGAACAACAGAACAACAAGAAACAUGAAGCUGACACUUCUGCUGGUGUUCGUCGCCGCCGCCGUGGCUCACGGCUUCCCAGCAAGCAGCAGCAGCAGCGAUGGGAAGCAAUCAGAAUCCCGUUCCCCCUUCGCCCCGCUGGACGACGUCCGCCUGCUUGCCAGUGGCCUCCUCCAGCUCGGCCACAGCCUGAAGGACUUUGUUCAGAAGACCAAGGGCCAGAUCAACGACAUCUUCCAGAAGCUGAACGUGUUCGACAGCUCCUUCUACCAGCUGGCCACCCUAGCCAGCGAGAUCAAGGAGGAGGAGGAGCAGCUCAAGCAAACCACCGUCGUGUUGAAGGCAAACAACGAGGAGAUCAAGACCCUCUCCCAUGAGAUCAGCACCAAAGUGGAGGACAUCAUACAGGAGCGCGGCAAACUGCGGAGCCAGAUGGACGUGCUCGAGGAGAAGAUGAGUGGCCUGUCCCAGGGCCUGCUCUCCUCCGACCAGCUCACAGAGAUCUCAGCUCUCAAGGAAGUGAUUCACACCCAGGAGAGAAGCAUCACAGAUCUUUUGAAUGCAGUGAGGGAGCAAAGCGAACAGCUCAACCUUCAAAGGACCCAGAUCAAGAGCUUGGAGAAGAAGAUCAGUGACAGCUCCUUCCAGGAGACUUCUCUUAGGUGGGUGUGGAAUAUAGAGAAUCCCAGCGUCUCAGGCUACUUGACGGACAACUCCACUAAUGACGGCUCCCUGGGGGAUGGUCUCCCAAUGCACUGUGGUGAUGUGUAUGCAAAAGGCCUCAGGAAGAGUGGGCUAUACCCCAUCCAGCCAGCCCAGUCUCAACCCUUCAUAGUCUACUGUGAUAUCACAACUGAUGGGGCCUCUACAGUCAUCCAGCGCAGGCAGGACGGCUCUCUGGAUUUUGACCAAACCUGGAAAACCUACGAGGACGGAUUUGGGAACUUCAAAGGAGAGUUCUGGCUGGGGCUGAAAAAGAUCUAUGCCAUCGCCCAACACAAUGACACCAUUGUGCGAAUUCAGGCAGAGGACUCGAAGCAGGGGAAGCAUGUGGUGGAGUACAACCUGAUGAUUGAAGACGCUAGCUCAGACUACGCCAUCCACCUCCGCUCCACAGACUCCGACCAGCUUCACCCCGUGGGAAACAAAAGUGCCAUCAGGUUCUCCACCAAGGACCACUUAAACGAUGAAAACCAGGACCCCAGUUGUGCCAAUGACUACACAGGGGGUUGGUGGUUCAGCUCUUGUGGCGACAUCAAUCUGAACGGGAGGCACACGCUCAGCAGGCCACGAGGACGCACCGAGCGCAGAAAGGGAACGUCGCACACCAAGAGCCACGGCUGGAGCGCCUUCGCACUCAGGUCCUCACAAAUCACAAUACGGCACGCGACAACAACCAACACACACGGCCCCUCGCAUGGGACGCCCAAAUAAGCAGAUCCUCUCCGUGUUUUGGCCACUUUUACCACCUAAUGUUUCGUCAUGGACUGUCUGGCAGAAGAGGAAGCUAAACUAUGUAACUGUAAUAUGCCAUCAGAGGUUUUCAGUUUGUACUGUGACUGUAUGUUGUAGCUACAUUGUGUUUGGACUCAAGCAAAUAUUCACAUGGUAGAAAUGUCAAAUACAGUAUGUUGCUGGUUGUUGUUAAAAAAGUUCAUAUUUUGCCGCAACUUGUGGAUUAUGCUGAACAUAAGGAAGAGAGAGCACCAUGCUUGCACAUAUUAGAGUUUAUCGUUCAUCACUAACGUUUAUGGAGGUCAGAAUUGUAGAGCAAGGGCCUGAGAACUAUAGGCUCCACAAACAUGUAGUCAGUCAAUCAGUCAGUCAGUCAGUCAGUCAGUCACAUUUUUUCACAAUACAGUUACAUUUUUCACUGAGUCACAUUGACUUUAAUAAUACACACUCAUAUUGUAUAUGUUUUGUAGCGUGCCAUUUGUAUUGAGAUUGGAAAUAAACAGUAUUUUUUUUAAACGAA